CCGCCCCUAGACCAGUCGGGUGUGCCCGCCGCCAAAACAACCGGCCUCGCCUCGACAUUUCGAACGAGUGCCAGCGCAUCGCUGCUUUAGCCUCUCCACUCGCGUGGGCGCUCCCAUUGGCACUCGCCCGUUGCCCCGAGCUAUGGGCUGUUCAGGGGACGCGCAUGUCUUGUUCUGAGCUCUGUAUAAACAGCGAAUCUGUUGUCGCGCUGCUCUUUUGCUCGAAGCCGUUCUAUUCAACAUGCCGCGGAAGGCUCCAGAGCUGGAUCUGGACUUUAACAUAUAUGUCGACCCUUCCUGCCUGAGCGAACCAAUGGACGGCGAAACCCCCGCGACGGUGCCACCAUCGGCCGAUGAGGUGCACGAAACUGUUGUUCCCGACACGCCCGAGGAACUGGUUACCGCAGACGCAACGGUAGAUGCAGACCAAACAGCCCAGGACGCCACAGGUGGUGCUGCCGAACAGCAGGAGCCGGAACCACCAGCUCCGGAGGGGGAUAUCGCACCCUUACAGAGUGAGGGCCCUGCGAUCGAGGAAGCUGAACAACCAGAAGUUGAGGCUACGGAGCAGGAGCCUGUGGCUGAGCAACCAGAGACCUCUACAGAGGAGAAGCUCCUGGAGGAACCACCAGCCCCAGAGGAUGAACAGCCCGCCCAGCCUCCUGCGGCCGACGAGAGCGCGUCCUCGGCGUCCACCGAGGACGCACCAGUGACGCCCGAUGCAAGCCCGGAGGCGGACAGCGCCCCCGAGCCUGAACAAGCAGACGAGCCGGUCGCUGAAGAUUCGGCGGCUGAUGUCGACACCGAGCCGAGCUCUGGACCAGAGCCUGCAGACGAACCUUUUCCGGAGGCUGCAGCUGAGGAAGAGGCUGUUGCCGAAUCUACCGUCCCGCAAGACCAGAAAGAUGGCGAUGUCGAGCCCCAGUCUGCGGAGGAGCCCGUGAUCAUGGAUUUUGAUCGCCAGGAAGAGGAGACCGAGGCGACAGCGGAGAAUGCUCCCGCAUCGGAUGGGCCCGUCGAAGAGGAUACAUCUGCUCCAGAGGUGCCGGCCGAAGAGAAACCCUCUCCUGAAAGCCAGGACAUCCUGGCCGGGAACGCCGAUGUCGAAACCUCUCCGAGGGUGGAGUCAGACGGCGAGGAGGAGCGAGGACCCCAGCGGAACUUCACCGACAGGAAGACAUCGCUGAGAACAGAGGCUCUCAUCCAGGCCGCGGCGCGUGCCGUAGUCGCAAAGAUCGAGAAGCGCAAGAGUGGAGACCUUCCCGACCACGACGACGACUUCGAUGAAUCCCUUAUCACUGGGGAUUCGCAGGACACCUACGUGCCGGGGACCGACGUCCAAGAUAGCGUAGGCCAUGGCAGCCGGCCUCUCAGUCGGCAGUCGUCGGAAUCGCACGCCGUCCGCCACAUCCCCUCCCGCUCCACCUCGAGCGACGAGGCCGGCGACAGCAGUUCGCACAACGGACGCGAUGACGACGUCUUCAGCGUCCGCAGCACCCGGAGCUCCCUCUGCUCCCUCGACAACGACAACUUCCAUGCAAAGACCCCGCAGGCCAAGGAGAGCCUCUCCCGCCGUGACUCGUACUCCUCUACCCUUCACCACCACUCCUCCCCCUCUCCAGCCCGCACCGUCUCCAACUUCUCCACCAUCUCGGGUCUCUCCCAAUAUGACAACGACUACUACGACUCCGACCUCAGCCCCAAGCAUACCUUCAUCCCCUACGACGCCACCAUAAAGCCCACCAGACAGACCACCCGCCGCAUGCCCUUCCGCACCCCGUCCGAGAUCCGCGCCAUGCAGAUGUCCUCGCCGACGCCCUCCGUGUUCAGCGGCAGCUCGCCUGUCCGCCGUUCUCCGGGGAGCGGCGGAGGAAGAGAAAGCAGCGGGAAGCGGUCGUCGCUCUCGCGGCUCGGAAGCCCCGCGGCGGCCGCGGCGGCGCAGUACUCGCCCAAGGGCCGGUCGACGCCGCCGCGGUUCAAAUCGGCACCCCCGCAAGAGGCGCCCCUGGUGCUGCUGCACGUCACCCUGCUGCCGCUGCGGUGGGCGUGGGCCGGCGUGCUCGAGAGCCUGGACUCGCUUGCCGUCGGGGGUAAGGCCGCGGGCGUCGCCGCCGGCGAGGAGGGGGGCUGCUCCUCGACGUCUCCGGAAGCGGGGGCUGGCCUCCCCUCUUCCGCUGCUGCUGCUGCCGCCGCCGCCUUGCGAGCGUUCGAGCCGAGUGACCAGCUCAAGAGCCUGCGGGACGCCUGGCGCGAGCUGCAGGACCGCGUCGGGGACACGGUCCUGGAGCGCGGCAUCCUGCUGCCGCACCCGCAGAGCGACUACGAGGUGCUGGAGGAGAGGCUGCUCGAGGCGCUGGAGCUGCCCCUGCGCCGCCGCGCGCGCAUCCUCGAGUGCGGGCACUACGUCGGUCCCGCCAACGUGGAUCCCGACGAGAGCAGCGAUGAGGAGGGUUACGACGACGAGGAGAAGGAGGACGAGAAGAGGAAGAAGAGGCAUUGGUGCUCCACCUGUCGCGAGGAGAUUCGGUACGAGGACCUCGGGCCGGGCAAGGUGUUCCGCGUCAAGGUGUACGCGAGCAAUGGGCUGAUGAAGGCGGGCGCGUGGGAGGCCUGCUGGAAGGAGAUGGAGCGCGUCGACGUCGAGCUGGAGCCGAUUGUGGACGUGGCGGUGCAGAACGAGCUCGAGAGGCUCGCGGUGCUGCAAAUGGAGCUGGAUGAGCAGCGCCGGCGGGAGCUCGAGAUGAUGGAGAGGACGCCCGAUCCCGAGCCCGAGGCGGAGCUGAAGCGCGAGUCUACCUUCGGGCAGGACCCGGGGUCGCCCAGCCGGCAACAGACGGAGCACCCGACCUCCGAAGCCGACCUCUCGCACAUGGACGCACAGAGGGCCAUGAUGUCGUCCCCCGCCCCGUCGCCGGGCAUGCAGCUGGCCAGGCGUACUUCGACCCCCCAGCCCUCGGCAUCAACCACUCUCGUGCGCGCGGACACUCCCACCACCUAUCCGAUCGAUACUUCUGAAGAACGCCGUCUCCGGGAUGAGGAGCGCAUGCGCGAGAUCUACGGUGACAACCCGCCGGCUCCACCUCCCGCUCCCGCUCCCGCUUCCGCUCCCGCUGCUGCCCCAGCCCGGCUCCCUGCGCCGCCAGCACCAGCAGAACAGGCACAGCACCAGCAGCAACAGCACCAGCACGCACACUACCAGCAACUCCAGCAUGCCCACUCCCAUGCGCUGACAGCCGCUGCCCCUCCGCCUUCGAUGCCUCUUCUUACUGAUGCCCCGUACCGACACCAUCCCCAGCACGACCCUUACCACACCAACCCCCUGCAGCAGCAACCCGAUGACCCAUACGACCAGCGCGGCCGUCGCCAAGGCCAGCAGCAGCGUCCCCCGGCGCGGCCAAUCGUGCUGGACGAGAACUCGGGCUUCGUCGAGCUGCUGAUGGAGGCCUUCAAGGUGCUGUUGCGCGAUCCCAAGAACGUGGCCAUCAUCGUUCUCUGCGUCUUCCUCGUCGUGCUCAUGAAGCGGCCCGGCGGGGCGCCACAACAGUUAUCACCAGCACCACUACCACCAUCACCACCACCACAACAGCAGCAGCAGCAGCAACAACCGCCUGUGGUGCAGGUCGUGCCGCCCAGUCUGGGGCCGGCAGGAGGGUAUCGGAUGGACGAGGGACACGGCCACGGCCGUGAUGAUGCUCACGCCGCCUCCAAGGGCGUCGUCACGCCGCCGAGCGUGAACGCGCCCGUCAUGGAGUACGUCGAGGAGGUCUUGGCGAGCAUGGCCGCGCCCGAGGUGGACGACGGGCUGGGGCCUGUCGGCGCCGCUGCUGAACCGGCGGUGGUCAUCAAGCAGGCUGAGGACGUGAGUGCUGUGGAGGAGCCCGAGGCGGAGCCGGUGGAAGCGGGAGCCGCUCAGGUCGAGGAGGACUCGGCGGCUGCCGAGCAGGUUGCUGGAGUUGAGGCGACAAAGGCAGAGGAGGGGGGGAAGGUCGUCGCCCCUGCCCUUUCCCUUUCCCUCCCCGCCGACGUAUGCCCUCCGCGCGGGCUGGAGUAUCCCAUCACGCUCGUGGGAGAGGUCCCGGAAAUUGGGGAAGCAGAGUCGGAGGAUGAUCAGUCCUCCGCCGCUCCGCAAACUCCGUCCCCCCCGGAAAGCCCGGCCGACCAGGAGGCCGUUUUGGAACAGUCGGCUGCGCUUGAGCCGGAAAACCCAGAGGAAUCAAAUGCCUCCUUUGAGGCUGCGGCGGCGGAGGCCGAGGGUAAGCCGGAACAGGACGGCCCGGCUGGCAGGUGCGAUGUCGACGCCGAUUUCGAGGAUGAUGAUGAUGAUGAGGAGGAGGAGGAGGAGGAGGAGGACAGCGCUAAUCCGGACACCGACGACGCGGGAGAAGACGCGGCCGUGCCCGCCGCCGCCACCACCACCGCCACCAGCUCAUCGACGCGCUCCGCGUCCACCUCCCCCGCGUUCCUGCCCGGCCCGUUCGUGACGGAGCGCAAGACGGUGCGCGUGUUCGAGACGGUGACGGAGACGGUGCGGGUGAGCGUCGUCACGCAGACCGAGACGGUCUCAACGGUCGUGACGGCCAUCCCGCAGACGGUCGAGGAGACGGUGUACGAGACGGAGACGGUGCGCAUCACCGUCUCGGUGCCGGUCGAGGAGCAGAAACAUCAGCAGAAACAUCAGCAGCAGCAGCAGCAGAAGCAGAAGAAGAAGGUCCAGGCCAGCAAAGGGUGUAGGCGGACGGGCUGGUUCUAAUGCGCUAUGUUAAACAUGGGUUUUGUUGAAGGGGGGGGGGGGGGGGAGGAGGGAGCGGAUGGCAAAUUGCAUGUCUUGACUAUGUGAUGAAUGGAUGAGAUUCAUGGACACGAUGGAUAUGCAGGAUGAAGUGGCAUAAAUGUAUGGAGUGAAAUGUGGAUUUUCUUUGUUCUUUUCUUACUUUUCAUCGUUUCCUUUUCCUCUUUCCUUUCUGCUCGUUCCAUUAGGUAUGCAUAGCGGUAGUCGAAACAUCUGAUGGAAAUCAUGAUGACCUCGUUAAAUCCGUCCCUCUUUGUUGACUUGACAAUGCUUUGAUUGUGCAUAACCAGGUAUUUCCUCCUCGACCUUGUUGUAUGUGAGUCCGAAUGUGCAAUGAAUCGAGGUGCAUCUCCCGAAUUGC